AAGAAAAACUUUCUAUUCCAUAACAAACUUCCAACCAUAGUCAAAAGUGAAUCUCAAAAAUAAUAAAUUAAAAUAUGUUUAAGUAAAAUACGAAUAAUUUGUGAUUAAUAUGGAAGGUGUUUUAUGGAAAUGGACAAAUUAUUGGAAUGGGUGGCAAACUCGAUGGUUUAUACUUGAUAAUGGUGUAUUAGCAUAUUACAAAUCUCAAGAAGAAGUGAAUCAAGGCUGUAAAGGAUCAAUGAAGGUUUCCGCUUGUGAAAUAAAUGUGAAUGCAAUAGAUAAUACACGAAUGGAUUUGGUGAUACCUGGUGAACAACAUAUGUACCUCAAGGCUGCUAGCUCUCAAGAACGCCAAAAAUGGUUAGUGGCUUUAGGUAGCGCUAAAGCCUGUGUAAGAACCUACACUGAUAUGACUGAUCCAGCAACGGAUGCUUUAAAAUCUAAAAAAUCUGAAUUAAGACUGUAUUGUGAUUUAUUAAUGCAACAAGUACAUAUGGUGAAAACUGAAGCUAAUUCUGAAAAUGGUCCUCAAAUAGAACGAUUAAAUGAAGCAACAAGUUUAUUAUCUGCAACAUGUGAUACUUUUAUAAAAUCGCUAGAAGAUUGUAUGAGACUUUCACAUUCAAAACUAGAGUUGCCAGUUGUAAACGAAAGCAUUGCGCCUGUCACACCUACAAAUCCACUGCCACCAAGUAAAUUAAAGGGUGUCAAAGUGAAUGGAAAAGAAAAUUAUUUAAAAUCAAGUAGUGAAGAAAACAGCUAAGUAAUAUUUGUAUAUUUAAAACGUGUACGAUUUUAUUAAUUUAGUUCAAUGUAAUCGGUGAAACUCACUGUAGGGUUGCCAUCUCUCCGGGAUUUGAUCGGAAGACUCCCGAAAUCGUGCUGUCUCUUUCGACUCCCGAUAUCAACUUAAAUUCUCCCAGAGUUCAGUAAAAAAAGAUGCCUUCUGGUUAUUUGUAUCAUAUUCAGGUAAGUUUGACAAUUCCGAGCAGCCUGACUAUGACUUCCUGGAACUUUGAGGUGGCAACUCUAGGUAGAAGUUUUUUUUUAUACUAUCGUGGAACCUAGCGUGGAGAGUCGAAAGACUGCAUGAUUUUUAUAAUUCUUGUGAAGAGAAAAAAAUUGGAUUCUUUUAAAAUCU